AUGCCUAAACUGUCUAUCGCCCCCCUCAAUCCUGCGAAACGGCUUUAUCCCGGCGACUCGGGUCAGUUUUCGUACCCUGCUGUCCCGGCAGCGUGUAUCGAUCCCCAUGAGCAGACUCUCUUCGGACGCCGGGCGGGGGAGCUCCAACCCAUAGACGAAGUGCCGAGAACCGAUUCCCAAGAGUGGGGGGGCCAAAUUGCUGCAGCGGCGCGCGCUCUUCUAGAACCAGAAGUGACUCCAGCAAACGAACAGUUGAUUCGGACUCACCAUCCCUCCCUCGGCCCUAUCGAAGGCGUCUGUGUCGUGCGAGAGUCAAGCGAAAAGUCGAUAUGGCUCGUGGCUCCAGAUACCUUUGUCAUUCCGACCACUCAUGCAGCAGGGAGGGAGAUACAUGUUUUCCCCAACGGUAUCCUGGAGCAGAUGGCCCUGAGCCCCCUCAUACCCCUCCAAUGGGAUCCCAUCAACGUCGUGCUGAAUCCCCGCCGAUUCCUCUCCCGUAAUGACCUACACAUGCUUCGAGUCAUGUUUCCAUCUGCAGUGGGAGCCAGAGUCUUCAUUGGCGGGUUCAUCGUCAUACUAUUUAGAUCACAAGCUGACAUCAAGAAAUCAUGGACUCGGGAUGGGCUGGCAUCGGAGUUUGGAACUUUGAGGCUGUUGUAUGACGUGAUUGAAGACUGGGCCUCAAGGGAGGAGGUUUGUGGAGCUUCAGCCAUCGCCUCGACUCCAAAUUCCCUCGACACCCAUGCUUCCCUAGGUCUGAAAGUCCGUUUUGCAAACGGGCAGGAAGCCAUCACAGUUCCAACCCACGCGUUCGUUAAGUUGGGACACCUAAACUCCCGUCCUCUACUACGGAUGGCCGACUGGUACGCGAGAGCAAAGUUGGCUCUCUCGAGACUCGCACCUCUCAAAAGACGCUCUAGCGAGCCGGAUAUCGGGACCCUGCGGUACGAAGAGGCAGGAAAUUCGCCUUUGGGGAAAUCGGUUUAUCUUGCUGGAGAAUCUAAAAAGAUAGGGGUUAUCACGUCGACUUAUGAUCCAGUCUCAUCGGACCUCAUGCGUUUUCCCUCCGGAUUCUUGCACGACCUAUCUCUCGUCACCGCGGAAGAAGGAGGAAGCCUCCCAACAAUAAUCAGCCCCGACGGCACCCCCAGAGUAAAUGGCUGGGGCGAUUACCAGAGAGUGCUCGACGGCGACCCUCUUUUCGUCUUGGCGUUCAAUCUAGCGACUGGUACCCAGGUCCGGAGGACUGGCUGGGGUAUCUUGCCAAACGCAAGGAAGGCUAUUGCAGAGGGAACCGAGUACAUCUGGGAUAAACAGUUAUGCAGCCAAAAUAUCUCUCUACUGUGGAGAACGGAAAUGGUCGGAGAUCACCUGCAGGGAUUUUCCAGCUCAGCGCUCUGCUUGGGAAGCCCUUCAGAUAAGACUUGCGAGGCUGUGUGUUUCCAGAACUUCGAGUUCAAUCUUUCCUCUCGAGAUCUCCUCGCGGUAGACUACCGCGGCGCAUCGCCACGAAGACACCCUCUACCAGUGAUCAAGGGAGGUUUCAUUCUACCAGCAGAAGUUCGGGAAGCUGAAAUCCUUUGCGAAGACAAAGAAGUAUCAGCCGCGCCUGGAACGUUUCCUGGUCAGGAACGAGUAUCGACUGAGCUCAGACGGUCGUUCUUCUCGCAUCGGUAA